AACAAAUCAGCUGUGAUUCGAAACGUUUUGGUUAGUUCGAUGGAGCUCACAAACAAAAAUAAAUUUACGUUGUAACCAAACUUGAAUCUAUCGGAAAAAAACUACUUUAGGAACGUAACUUAAAAAAGUGACCAAAAUGGUUCUUGAAAGUACAAUGAUAUGUGUGGACAACAGUGACUACAUGCGGAAUGGAGACUUUUCACCGACAAGACUGAGAGCUCAGGAGGACGCCGUCAGAUUCGUGAGCACAUCAAAACUGUCACUCAACCCAGAGAACAACGUAGGACUGCUCACCCUGGCCAACGUCACGGUGCUGUCAACCUUCAUCACUGACGUUGAGAAACUCAUGAAAAAGUUGAGAGACCUGGAACCGCAAGGAACCAUCAAUGUGGUGACCGGAGUUCGGGUGGCCCAACUGGCUCUGAAGCACAGGCAGGGCAGGAACCACAGGAUGCGCAUAGUCGUGUUCGUCGGGAGCCCUCUCAAGACCGAGAAGCAGGAACUGGAGAAAUUGGCCAAACGACUGAAGAAAGAAAAGGUGAACGUCGACGUUGUCAAUUUCGGGGAGGAAAUCGUCAACACGGAACUGUUGUCUUCGUUUGUGGAAACCUUGAACGGCAAGGACGGGGGCGGGAGUCAUCUGAUCACCGUGCCCUCCGGGAACCACCUGACCCAAGCCCUCAUUUCCUCCCCCGUUAUAAGCGAUGACGGCGCUAAGCGUAUGGGGAGUGCUUACUUCGGCACUGGGGUGGACUCUUACGAGGAUCCAGAGCUCGCACUGGCGUUGAGAAUCUCCUUGGAGGAACAGAGGCAGCGCGAGGAGCAAGCAACGAGAAGGGCGGAGGCCGAGAAUAAAAGAUCAACUCGACUUGAAACCAUCCAAGAGGGAGACGACGAGGAAGCUUCACUCCACCGUGCUAUGGCUAUGUCCAUGGAGCAGGAGGUUCCGGACUUUGCCCAAAUGACUGAAGAGGAACAGAUUGCUUUCGCGAUGCAACUGUCCUUGAGAGAACAACAAGGACUGCUUGCUGAGAACGAGAAACAGAAGACCGCCGAAACACCGACGGAACUGGAACAGACUGAUGAAGGGAUCGACGAUCCAGAGUUUCUCCAGAAUGUUCUGGAGAACUUGCCCGGAGUUGAUCCACAGAGCGAGGAAAUGCAACAGACUCUUGAUGAUCUUGCCAAAGCCAAACAAUCAACAAAAAAGAACAAUAGGUCUCAAAAUGGUCGCAAAUAACCAGUUAUAGAUAUAAAUUGUCUGUAUUUACUCGUAUACUUUGUGAUACUAUGAAAAUUCAAUUAUGGUAAUUCAAAUAAUUGUGUAAUUUAAUUCUUAAACACUGAACGUUAUGACGAUCGCGAAGGAAUCCUUCAAUUUUGGGUAAGUUAUUAAAUUUUCUUUCAUCCCA